UCGGUGCUGAAGUUGGGCGGAAGAACGGAAAACACCGCUGAUGGAGAUAAAACGGCAGCAUGCAAUUUCAACGCGCGAUACCCCCAAUAUCCGCAUAAACGCGUGUAACGACACCCUUGUAGAAGCCUGACACCAAGAACAAAAGGGAUGUCUUAUCCUGGAUCAUUUUGCCCUUGACUCAAGGAAAGGGUGUGCCUGCCAAGACCAGGUGUUUGAAACCUACCUCCACCCACCUCCUGUGUUCUCCAUCAGGCAUGAUUAGAGUAGAUUCAAGAGGCCACAAUUUGUAUUCCAUCACUCUGCCCAUCACAACUUUUGACAUUACCACAAUGAUUUUCUUACCUUGUCUCCGGUUGGACAGCUGCUAAUUUGCAUGAUGUGUCUGUCCAUAGCCUCAGAGUGUGAGUGGAGUUGAAAUGAGGAAAAGGCAGCAGGGACACAUUGAAGGACCCCACAGGCAUGAUCACCCGAGGCCUAACACCUGCUGUCUGUGCUGGUGUGGAUGCUGCAAAUGCCUCUGGAAUGAAGACAGAAGGGAACGUUCAGAUAGGCAAACUUGUACAAAGAUGGACAGCAUAGAAGCAGCAGAGGAACCGCAUCCCACACUUGAUGAAGUGAUUGCCUGGUCACGGAGCUUUGAAAUGGUGAUGCACUCUCCAGAUGGGAGGGAUGUUUUCCGAGAGUUCCUGCGGUCUGAGUACAGCGAGGAAAACCUGAUGUUCUGGAUCGCCUGUGAGGAACUGAAGAAAGAAACAAACCCAUCAGCUAUCAAUGAAAAAGCCAGGAUAAUUUAUGAGGACUACGUCUCCAUUCUUUCACCAAAAGAGGUCAGUUUGGAUUCACGGGUGCGGGAAGGCAUCAACCAAAGCCUGGCAGAACCCAGCAGUAUUAUGUAUGAGGAGGCCCAGCUCCAGAUCUACACCCUCAUGCACAGAGAUUCCUUUCCCCGAUUCAUCAGCUCAUCUAUUUACAGGGAUCUCCUUAACAGCAAGAGAGCCUGCUUAGACCCCUAGCUUUCAGCAAGAACACUUGAGACAAAAAAGCCCCAAGGUGCCACUUUAAAAAGGUGUGAUGUUUCUUAUUUGGAGAGUGAGUAGUUAAGCAAUUCUAAACAUCCACUAGUGACCCUGAAGCUCAGUUCUGUUUAAGUGCCAAUGUGAGCUGCUCAGGCAACUGUGACACAGACAAAGAUGUAGGAAAACAGACUGAUUCAUACUUCCUACUCUCUACCUGUCUUUUUCAUUCACCUGUCUUUUAAUCCUCAAAGCCUUUCUCUUCUCUCUUCUUGUUUACCUCACUAGUACCUCUCUUGCUCUCAUAUUCUUGCUACCUGAUCCUUUCCAUCUUUUAUCCCUCACAUGUCUGUGGACAGCUGAAUAAUGCUUUGUUUUGGGGGGGGUUACUGGAAAAAUUAAUAGAAACAUGGUAGAUAUUAAGCUAGAAUACCUGAUAUUUGCAUGACACAAGGUUAUGGAAUUUACUCCAGUUUGACAUUCAAGCCCGGACUACAACGCUUUUGAAUAAAUUAAAAAAAAUUUUUAUGCUGUCAUGGGGAUAGGACAUUUGUAAGCGAAUGGAAAAUUAGCUGUGCCAAUUGUUUUUUAAGGAGAAGAUGGGGAAAUGUAAUCGCCGUCUUGCUGUCCAUACUCUUUAUUUAAUUUUAUUUUUUUAUGUGUUGUUAGUUCUUUAACUGGGAAACAUAAGGGCUAGUUAGUAGUGUUGUGAUUGGGCAGCUAAAUGAAUCAUGAACAUUUUCUCUCUGCAAAAAUCACAAUGCCUCAACACUGAAUAAGGGCACAAAAGCUGCUGAUGCUGGUGACUAUACAGUUUAUUAUGUGAGUCGUCCUAGCCCCUCCCAGUCCAUUACUGACCGAGAGAAGCACUGGUACUGUAUAUGUCAUGGGCUGGAAGCUUCGCUGAAUUGAAAGAGAAUUGCUUGAAAAUUAUUCACCAACGUUCUGGAGGUUCUUAAAAGAACUUAGAAUUGUCUUACACUUUAAAGAAAUGUAUUUUAUUAAACAAAAGUGUAGUGAACACUAUGCCUUGUUUUUGAGAGUUACACUAGGUCUAUUUAACAUUACUGUGAUAAAUGAGAACUGCAUUUUUCUCAGAGGUGACAUUACGGAAGAGUUAGGUUUGGAGUAAAAUGUCUUUGUGGACUGAUUUGUGUUGACACAAGAUGGUUGGAUCCAUCAGCAAGGAUUUUCAGGGAAAUGUUUCUCUGCCUUUGACUCAAAAUGAACGUUCAUGAUUUGUUUUGUGAUUUUUCCAUUUUAGUGAUUCUAAAAUACAGAGCAGUCUUGUUCAUUUUCACAGCUCAGACAAACUGCAGGUUAUCAAAACAAACAAACAAAAAGUACAACUUUUUAUGAUACUUUUUCCUGCAUGCGUUUAUUUUGUUGUGUCAUGUACACAUUGCAAUACUCAACCCAAAUAUGAUAUUAACCACUGUGGCUAUCAUCAUGUUGAAGAUACUUUGAAAAUGACUUCCUUUAAUGGUUUAGACUUGUGACCCUUAAGAAUGACAGCUUUUUCAGCUCUGUGUUGUUGGAUUCAAACUUGAUUAUUGCUGUUAAAUUUUCUAGACAUUUAUGUGCUUUUGCAAUUGCAGCAGCCAGUGCAUGGAAACAUGAUAUUUAAAAUACUGCUGUGUUAAACCACUAUCUCACUUUUUAGCUGUGUAAUUCAAGAGUGAAUUGCAUUUAAACAAACUUUAUUAAGUCACCACACCCAGCCUCAAAAUGUCACAUUUUCCCUGAAAUAUUGUGCCAAUGAAUGAACGUUUGUUGAGUAAAUACUGAUCAAGUUUUUUGUUGUUGGGUUUUCUUAUUGGUGCUCUGAGAGUUAAGUGCCAUUCACUCUGUAGGUUUACCAGAUUAAAAUGAAGAUCUUUGUCACUUUACCAGGUGCAUAGAUAUCCUUCUUUUAAAUUUCAGUGUAUUUGAGCAUCAGCCAACGUGAGUAGGUCCUUGAUUUAUGCUGGAAAACAAACAGAAUAGGUGUUACCUUGUAGUUUACAUCAUGGGAAUUUUUUUAAAGCAAAGUUAUGGAAUUGACUUGUUUGUUUUAAAAGAAAAAAAAACAUGUCAUUAAAGAA